ACGAUCCACACCCAAUAUCAAACAUGGAGUCGUAAACAAAUGCGUCGAAGUAUUAUGAAUUGAUUUCAAUUCAUAUAGAUUGAUUGUAUUGAACUUUACUGUGAUCUGUAAACUGACCAUUACAUUGAAACACUCAGUAUUCAGUUCAAGAUUUAGUCAUGUUUGCGCAGCAGUCGGAGAUAAAGAAGAUAGAGUUUCUUGAACAUGCUAAGCAGGCACGGGAGGGGCGAGCCAGCGAGAAGAAGCGUGACGAUUCUAGUGUCGUCAUACAGGCAUGUGUCCGUGGUUUCCUGACCAGACGACGCUUGCAUAAUGAUGUGCGACAGCUGUUUGAUUCAACCAUGUAUGCAUGCAAUAACACGGACAAGAAACUAAUGCUAGAACCAGCAAUGGACAUCUACAGACUGAUAAAGAAGUUUCUGUUUGUGUAUGAUGAAAAGCGUGAUAUAGAGAGACUGGAGCUCCUGUGUCGGUACCUGGUGGUGAGCAUGGAGUCAGACAAUGCAAAGGAUUGCUACGUGUCUGUGGCACUGAAUAAAGAGCAUGUGUUGUGCUGGAUUAGACAGCUAAAGUGCCUGCUGUGGCUUUGUUGUCAACAACUCAACACUCUAAAGCCCGACAAUCCGAAUAGUGCCAAGUCCAUCAACCUCUACCUACAUGUACUGGUCACAUUUACAAGCACUUCUAACUGGAAGCUACUACGGACAAAGUCUAUGGAACCGCUGCGGCCUAGCAUGAACCAGCUGUGUAAUAAUGUGAUGGGGUACCUACACCAACAGGGAAUGUACUCUGUACUGCAGGAGCUGUUAAGUAAGGGAUUGGCAAGAUGUAAGCCAUGUCUAAAGCAUGCAACUCUGUCUGCUAUCAUAACUCUGGCACUCAGACCUCUGGUUGCAGCUAGUUUGUCUGACAAUCUGAUCAGUCUGUUUGUUCUUCACAUUCUGUCGGUGCCAGCUGUGGUUCAGCACCUCUCCACAACAGCACCAGAGUGCCUUGCUGUCUUCAUGUCCAAUGGUCUGUUUAAGAAAAGUUUGGAGCUGCUGAUAUCAGAACAGAGCACACGUAUCGUAUUCAAUUCACUAGAGGGGAAUUAUGCUCUUUGCUUACUAGGUAACAUCAUACAGCUGGCGGAUAUAGAGAAAGAACAACUUCCUACAGUACUCGUUGAGUUUACUGUGGUUGUGAGUCGUUUGUUGGAGCGCUGCCAGAAGUACGUCGUCAACAAGAGAUCUAACCUCACCCACUGGCACCCUGUACUUGGCUGGUUCUCACAGAAAACCGACAUCAGGUUACACGAGGCACUGCCCCACGUUGUGAAGCAACUGAGUCUACUGUGGAGUCACAACAUACUAAGAAUCCUGUUUGCUGAGCUACUGGCCAUCGAAUCUCCCCCACACACCCCUACUUCUCCACUCCUCCCCAUCACCGAGGAGCAGCAUUCCAACAAAACGCGAGACAUCUUUCGUAAAGCAUUUACGGUGAAGCAAAAUGGACCCAAGGCUAGAAAACAGGAGCAGAAUGAGUCGGUGAUUGUCACCCUGGUCUGCACGCUGUACCAGACAGCCCUCAGCACUCUCACUCAGCUGAGAUUGAACAUACUCACAGGUAUCAGUCACCACGAGUCAUUACUGCCUAAGCUGUGGUACUACAUUCAUACACAUGUGCGACUGAAGACUCUGCUAGAACAACUUAGUGGCAACUCCAGUUCAUCACUGCCUGACUGCCAGGUGGUAAUCCUAUUCUGUGACUGCACCAGUCACCUGAUAACGAUACUGGAUGAUGUCGAGAUGUAUGAUCAACAGAGACCUUUUACACUGCAGAAUCUUGUUGACAUGGGUGCCUUCUUCAACCAACUCAUCUUCCGUCUCGUCUGGAACAACAUUAUUGAUGUGAAGGUGGUGGCUGUACACAGCCUGUUCAUAGCCGCACACACUCUAACAUCACUGCUGUAUGAGAGAGACUGUAGAAGACCAUAUGCUCCGAAGAACCACUGGCUCAUCAAGGACACGAAGCCUGGGACAUUGCUGGCUGAGCUGGAGAAGGGCAAGAAGACAGCAAGUCUUCUUCUACAGAAAACGCCUUUCAUAAUCCCACAUAAGGAGAGGGUAAUGCUGUUCCGUAAAGCUGUUGGUGCAGAGAGAACAGCGAUGGGGUUGACUGAGUCCGUGUUCACCUCACCACAGUCGACGCUCAUCUCUAUCCAUCGAUCACGUAUCAUUGAGGAUGGGUACAGGCAGCUAGCCGCAAUUCCAGCACAGGCUCUUAAGGGUGUCAUCCGGGUAAAGUUCGUCAAUGAACAGGGACUAGAUGAAGCUGGUAUUGAUCAAGAUGGUGUCUUCAAGGAGUUUCUUGAAGAGACCAUUAAGAAAGUCUUUGACCCAUCUUUGAACCUGUUUAAGAUGACCAGUGAGAUGAGACUCUACCCAUCUCCUACCUCCAGUAUCCAUGACAACCAUCUUCAUCUUUUUGAAUUUGUUGGUAGGAUGCUGGGGAAAGCGGUGUAUGAGGGUAUUGUGGUUGAAGUUCCAUUCGCCCCGUUUUUCCUGAGUCAUGUUCUGGGCCACCACCACAGCUCUCGCUACAGCAGCAUAGAUGAGUUGCCUUCACUGGACCCAGAACUGUACAAGAACCUGACCUACGUCAAGCAUUACGACGGUGAUGUCACUGACCUAGAGCUGACCUUCUCGUGUGAUGAGGAUGUGAUGGGUAAGGUGGUGAACCAUGAGCUGGUUCCUGGCGGCAAGGCCAUCGCAGUGACGAAAGAGAACAUCAUUUCGUAUGUGCACAUGAUGGCUCACUUCCGCAUGUACACCCAGAUAAAGGACCAGACGAAUGCAUUCAUACGUGGGUUCCGCUCUAUCAUCAAUCCUGACUGGCUGGCACUGUUCUCUCGGGCUCCAGAAUUGCAAUGCUUGAUCUCGGGCGAUACAAUGGCGAUCGACUUGCAUGACCUCAGAGCUCACACUCAGUAUUACGGAGGCUUUCACAACAACCAUCGAGUCAUUGUGUGGCUGUGGGAUGUGCUGGACCAUGAUUUCACUGCUGAGGAGCGAGGCCAGUUCUUGAAGUUUGUGACAAGCUGCUCAAAGGCCCCUCUGCUUGGAUUUUCGAAUCUAGAGCCACCAUUUUCCAUUCGCUGUGUAGAGGUGAGUGACGAUCAGGACACAGGUGACACCGUCGGCUCCGUUCUGCGCGGUUUGUUCUCCAUACGCAAGAAGGACCCUGUUGGCAGGCUGCCAACGUCCUCCACCUGCUUCAACCUGUUGAAGCUACCCAACUACCAGCGGAAAUCGACACUGAGAGAUAAGCUACGUUAUGCUAUCACUAGCAACACAGGGUUCGAACUGUCGUAGACUCGACGAGAUGCGCCGCCAUCUACAGCUAUUUUAAUUAUUAUUUUGUGUAAUUUGUAUUUAUUUUUUUGUGUAUAGUAGUAAUAAUAUAUUUGACACACCUGUAGGUGGUGAGUUGUUGGGAUAGCAAAGCAGGCAAUAGGGAGACCGUUUUCACUAUGGAAGGCUGCAGUGAUUGUACCAGUAGCUGAAGCCACUUUCUUUUUCAUCAAUAUCAUAUCUGGCGCAUGACAACGAGAGAGCCUAUGGUGUUAUAGUAGCUGUCUGUAUGAUCCAUGUUGCCUUAAUUUAAUAUAUCCACACAUGACGUUGUGGUUUAUGUACUACUUGGUAUGACAUUACCCACUUUUAUCUCCAUUUUCGAUAUAAUCAUGACCCUCUGAUGACGUAUCGAUGAUGAUUAUAUUUAUAGGAAGGAAAUUUGUGGUUUGAAGCUCCUGUUCAAAAGUCAACACUUCUGCAUCAUAAUAUUAAGUGCUAUUGCUUUAACUGUGCAGGAAUAUAUGUGGUCUGUGGAAUAAGUUAUGGUUUAUAAGGAGAUUUGCGUAAUGAAACUAUAAAACAUCUUAGAGCACAAGUAAAUAUUAAAGGAGUAUGUAAUUCAUAAGUGCUGCAAGAACGUAGGAAGGAUGGAAACGUGGUUGACAUUGAUUUAAAGGUUGUAGUAGCCUCAUUAGAUUUCCAUAAUAUGUGUUACCUCAGUUUAUUGAAAUGAGGACCUUCUGUCAAAAAUCAUUGUAACGCCAUGGCAUUACCAUUUAUAAUAAAAUUUCCCUCUGUAUUAAACAGUGGGGAUUGUAAUUACCUCUGCUUCGUAAAAUACCCAGGAAAUUGCAACCAGUCCAAGUAUCCUUGUUGAAUCCAAUUUAGCUAUGUCCAAGUUAAUUGUGUGGUAGACAGAGGAUUCUGAAGCUAUUUCUAGUUUGUGUAACAUCAAUGUACUUACUAUUCAUCAACAUUACUAACAUGAAUUUAUUGGGAGUGCCGAAUAUUGCAGUCACUGCAUGGUUUGUGCACAGUAUAACAGCCAUUGCAUUGGUUGUGCACAGUAUAACAGCCACUGCAUUGGUUGUGCACAGUAUAACAGCCACUGCAUUGGCUGUGCACAGUAUAACAGCCACUGCAUUGGUUGUGCACAGUAUUACAGUCACUGCAUUGUUUGUGCACAGUAUUACAGUCACUGCAUUGUUUGUGCACAGUAUUACAGUCACUGCAUUGUUUGUGCACAGUAUUACAGCCACUGCAUCGUUUGUGCAUUGCAUUGUACGAUAUUAAUUUUGAUGCAUGUUUUGUGCACAUUACCAAUGUGGAUGUACUGUUGCGAACAAUAAUAAUUUGAAUGUACCGUGCCAUUUUGUGCACAUGAUUAUCGUCAGUGUACUGUUUGGGCACAAUAUUAAUGCGAACGUACUGUUUGUGCACAUUAAUAACAUUAAUGUACUGUUUUGUGCCCAUUAUUAAUCUCAAUGCACCGUUUUGUUCACAUCAUUAAUGUGAAUGUACUGUUUGUGCACUAGAGUUAUGAGUCGUAUUGCUAGCAGUGUCUACAUCAGCCCCACAUCAGCACUGUUGCUAUCAUGCUAUGCGCACUAUUAACCAUGUUAACAUUAAUGUGCUAUAUGUACGCCAUUGCAUGCUUCCAUUGCCCCGCAUGAUGUUCAUUCUGAGCUGCAAACCUGAGCAUAUUGUGUGGCAUAAACGCGAUCUUCGUAAGUGUACUGCACUACCAUUUUACUAUGAGCGUGGAGUAGUAUGGUCGCCAUGGACUAUGCUAAAACAUAAUAUAGUAUACAUAAGGUAAUUAUUCUACUAUAUCGACACUAUUAACAUGAGUGUAUUAGGCUGCAACUACUGUCCCCAUUCUACUCUAUCACUCAACAAUAUUACCGAUGAUGUACUGCACUACAAAUAUUGCCUCCAUUUAACUCUAUCCCUUAACAGUAUUAACAUAAAUGUACUCCUUUACAAAUAUUACCACCAUUCUACUCUAUCACUCAACAAUAUUACCGACGAUAUACUGCACUACAAAUAUUGCCUCCAUUUAACUCUAUAACAGUAUUAACAUUAAUGUAGCCUACUCCAUUACAAAUAUUAUCACCAUUCUACUAUAUCAGUCAACAGUAUUAACACCAAUGUACUCUGCUACAUAUAUUGCCACCAUUACUACCAAGCAACGCUACCAACAUCUACUACAUUAGAAAAAAUUCUGUCAUUGUAUUGCAUAAGAUUUAUUUUGAUUAUUGUAAUUUAUGUUGCCAAUGUCAAUUUUAUAUUGUUAUAUUAGUUAAACACCAAAGCUUCGGCUUUUGUGUUGGUAGUUGUUAUGUUAUUGAGCUGCUAUUUGUGUAUAUGUUGUAAAAUAAAUAAUAUUAUGCCACAA